AUGUCACCCUUUCGACGACUCCUUCCGAGACUCGGAUCCCCCAUUUUGGCACACCGAGGCCCGCCCCCCGGUCGGCCGGGCAUAGGACCUCGAAAGCCGCGGACGCCCAUGCAUAUCCGCCUGGCACUUUUUUGUUCCUUCCAUCACUUCGUACCGCCUAGUCGGCUGGUUCGCAUCAUCCUAUCCAAAUCACGGAUUAGUAUCCCACUCAGCAUGGGAUUUCAGUUGCCUCUCUUUGGCAAAGUUGCCCACUCUGCUUCUCUCACCGGUCACCAGCGGCGGCACGUUAAAAUCUGGGCAAAUCUGCAGCCCCCAAAAUAG